UAGAAGAUGGCGCGCUCCUUGAAAAGUCAAGAAUUUUGCCUCUGAAAAUAUUUGGAUGUGAAUAUUUUGAUUUUUAUCUUUUACAAGUGAUCAUGGCUGACAUCUCUAAUCUUGGUCGAUUCAAUGGGCAGAAACCCCUGAAAGAGUAUGUCACUCCCUACAAGAUCGUUCUGCUGGUGCUUGUUAGAGAAUACAGAACAUUUAAAGACAACAGUGAGAACUCCUUGGCUGAUGCCGUUGAUGCUAUGCAGUGGAUUUUCACUGAAGAAGACAGAAAGGAUUUUAUGACCAUGCUUAUUUCAUUAUUACAGGCACCUGACAUGGAACUGAGGGAGGUUGUCCUUAAAGUGCAAGAAAUCCAAAGACCAAAAUACUUAGAAGUUUUUUUGAAAAGGCUUGAAUAUUUAGCAACUAAUGGGAUAAUGGCUUUGAUGGAUUAUUUCAAAGCUCUGAGUGAGAUGUUCGAAGAAUCAGAAGAUCAACCUGGAAAGUUUUUGGUCAGCAAAAGUAGUGUCAUUGGGUUAUUUAUCAGAAGAAUGGGACUGGCAUUUGACAAACUUUCCUUUAAUAUGGUGACCAAACUGUGCCAAAGUUACAGGAGAUACUUCAGGGCAUAUAACAAAGACCAGGAGAAUGGAGAUGUGCCUUCAGAACUGGGACUGGAGGCAUCACAUAAACAGCAAGCAGAGGUUUAUGAAAGUGAAGGUGGAAUACUUGGUUGCAAUACCUAUUCACAGAGACAGGCAGAGUACUUUAUUUCUCAACAGGUGAACUUGUUACAUCACAAUGCUACAGAGGCACUGCCUCCUCCUAAACUACAGUCAACAGUCUCACAGUUACUGAGGAGCAUGCCACAUUUGGCAGAGGCACACUUUCUCAGCUACCUGAACAAUCUACGAGUUGAUGAAUAUUGUGGUGCUAUACAUAGCCUAUAUCACUACUUUGACCGUCACGCUUUGGCCUCGGUGCUGACCAGUGCAGCAAGCAAGGAUGAGAAAUUGGACGAGUGCAACAAGCGAUUUAGAUAUGCUGCUCUCAAUUUAGCAGCCCUGCAUUAUAGAUUUGGACACAGAAAAGAAGCUUUGGCAGCUCUUCAGGAAGCUAUCAGAAUGGCACACGAGACCAAUGACAAUGUGUGCCUGCAGCAUGCUUUGGGGUGGCUGUACAGGCUAGGAGAGCAGUACACGGCAAACACUGCAGAUCUCAUGUUUAGAGCAGUGGCCAAGUCUGAAGAUCUACAUCUCCAUUACUUGGCAUCACUUGGAGUUCAGGCAUUUGCCCAGCACAACUCUGUGGCUGCUGCUGAACCAGCAAGUGUGUUCCAGUGUCUUGUAAACAGUGACAUCUUGAACUGCCAGCAUUCCAUGGUGGAUCUGAUGGCGACAAGUUUUGCACAAAAAUCAGCACUCUGGAGUCUGUAUGGGAACAGACAAAUGUCCUCCCUAACCAGUCAGCUACUUUUGAACCUGGCAUCUUCAGAUGGUGGGGUGUACCACACAGGAGAGGCUGAGAGCUUGGGUCUGUGUAACUUGGCCACCAUGCAUGCAGAACAGGGAAUGUAUGAUAUGGCAUUUGAAAUCAUCAGUUAUGUCAAACAGAAAUUCCCCAAGCCUUCCCAGCAUGCAACAGUAUGGUCCAUUUGUGAGCAGAAGAUAAUGUUUGAUCAGGCAGUGCAUUGUGGUAACUGGCAAGUUGCUAUGGAAACUGUGAACAAUAUUUCUGCUAUAGAUUCUAAGGAAGGAGAAUACAGGAAGGCUGUGUUGUUGAAAGAAAAGGGCCAAGUUGAAGAUGCUUUCCAAAUAUUGCACAGUUUUCUUGUGGAGAGAAAGAAGAAGCUGGAAAGCUGCACAGCUGAUUUGUAUUCCAGAGUCUUGCUUGCUCUUGGUGAGUUAUACUGCCAGACAGACAACCCCUCUGCUGCUAUCCCCCAUAUAUUAGAGUGUGUCUCAGUUGCCAAGUCACAUCACAUGCUACUGACACUUAUUAUGGCCAAGAUGCACCUGGCUUUCAUACAGUUCACCAUGAAUAUGCCUGCUCAGGCACUAAGAAUGAUAGAGGAGGACUUGGUAACAGUAUUGACUCAUGGGAGUGUAUAUAACAAGGCACGGACACAGUACCUGUAUGCUAAAUGUAAAGUGGCUGCCGCCACUCAAGAAAAAGACACAUACCAAAAGAAAACAGCACGCAUGUCAGCAGUAUUACUAAUGAACACUGUUAUAGACAACCUGGUCUCCAUACAAGCUCACUGGAGGACUAAAGAUGCUGUAUACUACCAGGCACGCCUGUGUCAUGAGCUCGGCUACACAGCAGAGAGGAACAAGUUUGCCCUUCAAUUUAGACAACUGGAUCAGAAAUACCCAACUGUCAACUCUCUAGCCAUCAAUGUGUUAUAAUACAAUUCAGACAACUGGAUUAGAAAUUAUAAGAUGGAGUUCACAAGGAAUAUCUACUUAUGGAGGAAAUGUAAAAUAACUCACAGCUGUGCUUAACCCUUAGAUUAAUAAAAAACGCCUUAACUGUCAUUGCUAUCUAAAAGCAUGAUAGCUAAAAUGCACAAAUAAAAAUAAAUUGAAAUAAUUUAUACACAGGUUCAUUUAGUAACUGGAAAUGGCAAAAGAGCAUGGAACUCUUCAGUGAACUGAGACUUGGUAAGCUUAUGUGGAUGGAUAAUUUAUAGAAAAAUUAGUUGUUGAAACCUAUAUAACAGAGAGACACAUUGGAUGUAAUGUCCAGUAUGUUGCUUCACCUUAUCUGAACAUUGUAAUACAUGGAGUGGUUUUGUACAUAAUUUUACUACAUGAAAUAAAUGAAUAUUUCUCCUUUUUUUUA